AUGAGCUACGUUGGAGCUGGUGCACCAAGAGUAGGGUACGGAGAUUUCACUGGAUUGGGGAAUUUCAACAAUUUUGAAAACACAGUUGAGCAACAGCCUCCACACGCACACGCACCUAUGGACGAAGGGGCAACGCCACAGCCAUUAUCUGGCAAUGGAGGACGUCGUGGAAAUAAUUUCAAUUUGCAGCAGGAGAUUGUUUGGAUUAAAGAAGAUUCGAUGCACAUUCGGAAUGCGGUCGUCCUUCUGGAAAAAGAAAAGGAUAAUUUGCGCCAAGCAGUCCGUAAGCUGAAGUUAGAGAAUGCUAGAGUAAAGCAGAAGCUAAAGCGGAUGCAAGAAACGCUUAACGGUUUGACAGGCGGCAAUAGCGAUCCAGAUAAGAUGAAAGUUGGUGCUGCUGAAAUUGACCUCGAUUACGAUGAAAUUGGCCGUGACUUUAUUCUCGUAGGAGGUACUCAAGAUCCGCUUAGUUUACGUUAUGAGGUUACCAUUCGUGAUGAGCACGGCACAGAGCAUAAGUCAGCGGAACGUUAUUAUUGGUAUAAAAUGGCGGAACAUUUUGGUGAUACAGAAACCAUGACAAAGAUACUUGAUGCUCCUUCCACAAUGAAAGCAGAAGAAGCUAUGAAAGAAAUUAAAGAUUUUGAUGAGAGUAAAUGGAAUGAGGUCAAAAUGGCUGUUUGGGAAGCUGGGCAGCGUCUUAAGCUAGAGCAAACCCGAUGGAUUACAAAUUUACUGGUUUAUACAGGCAAAACUUAUAUUGCAGUGGCUUCUCAAGAUAAGGUCUUUGGGACUGGUUGGCGUAAGAACCGUGAUGAAGCAAACAAACCGAUAUUCUGGGAUGGUGAAAAUCAAGGUGGCAAAGCUCUAAUGCGCCUUCGUCAGGAAAUUAAAGAAACUCAUUCGUGGUCUGGUCCAUAUGAAGAACAGAAAUACGUCUGGCGUCGUAUUGACCCAGCACGUCGCAUGGGUCUGCUUCGAGGGCGUGGACGUGGUUACGGUCGUCGAGGUGGUUACGGUGGGCGAGGAGGGUAUGGAGCACCUGCAGGUUUCGUACAGGGCGGCCGUCACUAA